AUGAGUUGCAAUUUAGAAAAUGCAAGACUUAAAAAGAAGAGAAAUGAGGAAAUUAAAGCAAAACUUAAAAAUAUGUCGAAAGAGGCUAUUCAAGCUGCAAUCGCAAAGAAAAAAGAGUGCAAUGCAAGAGCAUUGGAUAUAGUUCAGCAGCUCAUUGAACCUAAUGUGGAGGAACUUUGGCUUUUAGAUAAUUUAAAACAUAUUAACCAAUGCCAUUUUCAAGAUAUUGUUGAAGAGAGAGCAAUUACAAUGUGUUGCGGUUACCCUUUGUGUGAUAAAACCUUGUCAAAUGUUCCGAAGAAAAUGUAUAAAAUAUCAACAAAAGAAAAUAAGGUUUAUGAUAUCACUGAUCGUAAGAAUUAUUGCAGUAAUAUCUGUUACAAGGCUGGCAUCUUUCUCAAGGAUCAACUCUAUACCAGCCCUCUCUGGCUAAGAGAUUGUGAAAUACCUGUCGAGUACAAGACAUUAUCUUCAAAACAGGGUGGUACAAGCGGUUCAGGUGCUGAGAUUGACCUUGGAAACACAAGCCCUGUGAAGGUUUCAAAUGAUCAUGAAACCAUUUGCAAUAAUAAAAAUAAUGAUGAUGAUAAGGAAGAAAACCUAAAGCAUAAGAGUCCUCCGUCUCAAUUUAGUAAAGAAAAUGUUACAUUAAUGGAAGUAAAAAAAGAAAACAGUGUUGAAGGUUGUGAAAUAGUCAUAACUAAAACUGAAGAAAACAAAGUUACUCUUGAGAAACAACCUGACUUGAAAAAAAUAGAUGUUCAAAUUUUAAAUAGUGAAACUUUAAUGAAAUCUAUGAAACAAGCUAAUUCAGGAAAGAUUGAGAAGAAUCGAGUAGCAGCCACGAAGAUUAAGACUGUUUACAAAUCAUCUGAAGAUAUAGUGAUAGAAAUUGAAAAGAAAGUGAAGAGUUGGUUUACUAUUGAUACGCUUAUGUUUUUAUUGGGUGAAGACGGUGUAAAGGAGCUACUAAAACUUAAUGGGAGCACCCUGGAAGAAGUUGAAUCGUUAAGAGUGAAAGACACCCGUAUGUAUGAGAAGUAUCAAGAAAUUUACCGAAGGUUAAACCUGCUCGAACUGAAGGAAAUGCAGCAAGAGGAGAAGCAUCUUCCUAGUAAGCCAUUACCAAACUAUGAGCAGCUGCUAGAUGAGGCUAAACAAUUGGAGUUGAAGGUAAGGUCUUUUUAUCGAGGUGAUGAAAAGGUCACUUUUAAAGAAGAUGUGAGCACUGAUGCCGAUAAGAUACCUGAGGACCAAUAUCCAAUACUGCCUCUUGUUGACCACCACGAUGUCAUUCUUGCAAGGAGGAAAAUACUUCUAGACAAGUUGAAUCGAGUAUUACCAGAUAUACAAAAUGCCCUUGAACUUUCUCAAUUCCGGCUUGGCUUAGAACUUCAGCAGUUAGUUGCAACAUUCAGCCUUGGCCCUUCCAGCAUCUGCCUUCACGCAUCUCAAUGGUCUCUUGUCUCUCUGAUUGUUAUCAAAUUGCUUACAUUACGUAAUGAGAUCCUGAGAUACGCCUAUGCCAAGGAAUUGACACAAAAGAGGUUGAUGACAUUUCUACUCACAUAUGACUUGGAUGGAGGUUACAUCGAUAGAUUAGCCUCAUACUUAGUUGAUGUUGAACAAAUUGGAACAGUUGCACCCUUCUAA